AUGGCUACUUACGCAGAAUCAAACUUCAAUGUGCAACAUUAUGACGACUCAAGACCAAACUACCCUGAUCAAUUCUACCAAACAUUGAAUGAGUACCAGCGCAAAACUGGUGAGUCACACUUGGCGAUAGAUAUUGGCUGCGGUUCGGGGUUUGUGGCGUUUAAGCUUUUACAAUACUUCAACCAUGUGAUUGGAACUGACCCAUCCAAGACAAUGAUUGCAUCGUGCGAGGCCUCCAAGCCUCUUCAUACAAAAGGUAAAAUCAUCCAGUUUUUGGAAGGAACUGCGGAAGCACAACCAAGUGAAAUUAAACAAGAUUCUGUGGAUUUGAUCACUGGCGCAGAGUGCUGCCACUGGGUUAACCAUGAAAAGUUCUACAAGGAGUCUGCCAGAGUCUUGAAAACCGGGGGUACUUUGGCAUAUUGGUUCUAUAAGGAUCCGGUGUUUAUUGGAUAUCCCGAAGCCAAUAAAAUAUAUGAAAACUACACUUACAACUCUUCGCUUGAACAAAACCCUCAGGAGACUUUUGAAAGAUAUAUGGGACCAUAUUAUCAGCAACCUGGCCACGAUUAUCUUCGCUCAUUGCUCAAAGAAAAGUCUCCUCCAAGUGAUCUAUUCGAAGAUAUUGUGCGUCAUGAGUAUAUAUCAGAGAGAGAUGGUGCACCAAGUAUCGAAGAAAGUGAGGAUCCAUUUGCAACCAAGACCCCGUUAUUUAUCAGUAAAACCAUUGAUAUGAAAUGGUUUUUGAACUAUGUGAAAAGCUGGAGUGCUUACCAUUCAUGGAUGAAGGAACACGGCGAGAAAUAUGAUAUUGCCGAGAGAUUUGUCGACGAGCUUAAGCAAGCAAUGGGCUGGGAUGAUGAUACUAAAGUUGAAGUAAUUUGGGAUACAGUGUACACCUUUGCUAGGAAAAAAAAAUGA